UCAAUUUUCUUACACACGCCAAAAGAACACACAGAUUGCAGCAUGCACACUGCACACAAAGAAUAGAGAGCUAACGCCAAUCCCAAAGCCAAUCAAUGAAUACAUCCUUAAGCUUUCUCUCUUUCUUUUUUAUCUCUUAUCCAUGCUGUCGAGAAUGAAAUAACCUUACUCUCUUAAAAUCUGAUUAUUUCUUGAUCUGGGUUUUAACACUCUGUUUCUCCAGAUCAUAGGUUUUUAAAGUUUGAAACUUUCAUUUUUUUUUUUGUUAUUCCAAGUUUCUAACUUUCUCAAAUAACUAGCACUGGAAAGGAAAAAGAAAUCUGGGUUUGCUUGGUUUUUAACAGAUUCAAAGUAAUGAGUUUCUUGUUAGAGAUGCACAUUGACUUUGGUUCAUUUCAGAUUGCAACUUUAUUUGUAUGAGAGCUGUUCAUUAGUUGGGUUUGAGAUUAUGGGUAGAUGUAGAGGAAAGGGAAAGAGGAUGACUGUUAGCAACCAUGAGGAUGCUGGAAGUGGUGAAGAAGAGAAAAUUCCUGCACAUAAGAGAAGAGGAAGGGCACAAAAACCAUUAAAAGAUGAAAUUGGUGAAGAAGUUGAAAAAAUAGAAAAGGAUGAUGGUGAGAGUGGAAAAGCUGGUAUUACAAGCAAAGAGAAAAUGAGUCCCUCUGCUGCAGAGAAUGGGAAAAAGAGAAAAUGCAACUCACAGGUAAAAGAGAAGCCUGAUUCAGUCAAAGAAGAGAAUGGCAUUGGCACCAGAUCAAGCACUGAUGACUCAUUAAAAUCUAAUGGUUUUCGGCAAAAUGGGAGUAGAAGGAAAAGUAAGCCACGUCGGGCAGCUGAAACAGGUGUUGAAUGCAAGUGAGAUUGCGGUACUUAUUGCUAUAGGUCUCUUCUUUUUCACUUUGCCAUAUGCAUUUUGAGAUAGGAAGUGAGGCCUAGUAAAUCUCUAGUCAAUAUUGCAUUUAGGUAGUGUUUCUUUUGAUUUUUGACGAUUACCUAUCUUUAAUUCAUUUUCCUUUUUUUUUUUUCUUUUGCUUUUGGAGUUUUGAAACUGAUUGUGCUGGUUGUAAUUUUUGAAAAUGCUAUUAUAAUCUAUAUCAUCAC